CGGGUGGAUCCGAGGCCAUUUUGGCCCUGGCGUCUCAUCACCAACCUCACAAUUUGCGCCGCGCCGCUGUGCCGCGCCAAAGGCGACGGCGGCGCUGCGCACCGCCACCAACGCCCGACUUCACCCUACCGCUGCCCCCCCAAACGCGCGCGCGCGUGCAGAUUCGGCGGGCCAUGGCGGCCCUCCAGGGGAGCGCGAGCCUGAUGCAGGGCGACUUCCUCGACGGGGUCGUGGAGGCGACGCUGCGCGGCAUGGUCGGCCAGCUCAAGGCCGAGUACCGCAGGGAGCUCCGGAGGGCCCUGGCGGCCGCCGACCCGCAGGCGCCCGGCCUCGCCCGCGCGGAGGCCCCGCGGGUGCCCCCCCUGCACAUGCCGGCGGCGGAGUUUGGCGACGACCACCUCCGCUCGGCUGGUGGGCUCCUGGCGGUGGAUCUGUCCGAGCCUCCCGUCGCGGAAAGUGCCGGGCGGUGCACGACGUGCCCGCCGCCUCCGAGCGCCUCCUGGCUCUCCCCCAGGCGCGGAGCCUGGAGGGAGAGCAGGACGACGAGCGCAAGCAAGAAUACGGGGUCCAGCAACCGAAGGUCGCGGCUUUCGUCGGUGCGUCUCUGCGAUAAUCCCAUUCGCGGCAACAGGUGCAUCGAUAAAUGGCAGGGCAGGCUGAGUACUCGCGAGCAGGAGGCCUGCAAGAGUCUCAGGGACGAGGAGAUGGAACAUGAGGAGAGCGUGUUCGCGAAGAGAGCGGGUGCGCGUAUGACGUCGUUGGAAGCACCCGCCCCUGAUGAAGCCAGUCGAUGCAGAAUGCUCUCAUACAAGGUCGUUGCAAGCUCAAACUUUGAUUUCGGCAUGGGCAUCGUCAUCAUCAUCAACGCCUUCACGAUAGGCAUGGAGACCUCCAUCUCGCGGCACGGGCAUCGAAUCCCUGCGUCGCUCCAUUUCCUGGAGUACGCCUUCGUCAUCCUCUACUGCAUAGAGCUGCUCCUGCGAGUCUGCGCCAGCGGCGGACGAAGGGCGCUCUCGAGCCACUGGGUGAAGUUCGAUGCUGCGAUGGUGGCGGCAGGCAUCCUCAAUUUUCUGCUCACGGUGACGUCGCUGGGCGGCGGCGCGGCGGCUCGCGCCGUGGACCACGUCAACAUCCUGAAGGUGCUGCGGCUGUGCCGCCUCGUGAAGACCGUGCGGGUGAUCGUCCAGUUCCGCACCCUGUGGAUGCUCGUCCAGGGGCUGAUGUACGCCGUCCUGCCGAUGUUCUGGACGGAGGCGAAGAAAGCGUGGAAGAGCGUCAGGCGGAAGAUCCUGAUGCCCAAGUUGAGGAGCAUUUUCUUCGCUCUGGACACGAGCGGCGACGGGGAGGUGGACCGCGAGGAACUCCUGAACGCCCCGCCCGACAUCAAGGAGGCCAUACAGCACAUCGUCGGCCUGGACGAGCUCGAGGAGGUGUUCAGCCUGAUGGACUACGACGGGAGCGGCGUCAUAGACAUCGAGGAGUUCGUGGACGGAAUCAUGCGCUCGCAGGCGGACAAGCCGUCGGAGCUCUUCGUGCUCGUGAAGCAGGGCAAGGCCAUCCUCGACCGGCUGCAGGGCCUGGAGCCGCGCCCGGCCGUCGAGGUCCGCGCCGACGGCGGCGCUCCCCGCGCCUGCCGGAGCUGCGAGCCCCUCGCCGCCUGA